AUGUCGAAGGAAGGUGAAAACGAUGGUAUUAAAGAUAAGCAGAAUGACGAGCAAAUCUGUCAAGAUUUUCAGCAAGGCGUUUGCAGCAGCGGGGAUAAAUGCAAGUUUGCCCAUCCGUCCGGAAUGGAAAGCGAGCCCAAAGAUCAGCCAAAGAUAUGCCGUGAUUUCCAGAACGGCACAUGCUAUCGGAGCACGUGCAAAUACCUCCACAUGAUGGAUCAGGACGAGAAAGAUUACUUAUGGACCGGACAGCUUCCGAGUAACACCCGUGGGGGGCGGCGGUGCAAUUCCGGCGUCCAGGUCUGUAUAGAUUUCAACAACAACAAAUGCAACCGUGGGGUGAGCUGCAAGUUCCUUCACGUUCCCAAGGAAGCUAUGUACGGCGGUGGAGGGGGGUACUAUGAUGAACCUCCGUGGAAACGACCUCAUUGGGACGUCAUGGGUAACAUCUACCAGUACCUCAUGGAAGAAAAUGUCUUUCUGAGAAGAAAAGUCUUGGAGCUUCGAAAGGAUGUUGCAGAUCUUAGAAAGGAUGCUGCAGAUCUUCGUGCCACGGGUGAUACUCUCACGGAGCAGAUUGCUCAGUACCGGCGAUCCGGGGGUAGCAGUCCUGUGCCGUACGGUGGGG